CUUAUGAUCAUUGCUAGAGGGACUCCUGGAUUUUCUGGUGCUGACCUUGCCAAUUUGGUUAAUAUUGCUGCUGUGAAGGCCGCGAUGGAUGGUGUCAAAGCUGUAAGCUUGGCUGAUCUAGAGUAUGCUAAGGACAAGAUCAUGAUGGGAAGUGAGCGCAAAUCAGCUUUCAUAUCCAAAGAGACGAAAAAGCUUACAGCCUACCAUGAAGGCGGCCAUGCUCUUGUUGCUAUUCAUACUGAUGGGGCGCUUCCAGUUCACAAGGCAACCAUUGUUCCACGUGGAAUGGCUCUCGGUAUGGUUGCUCAAUUGCCUGAGAAGGAUGAGACUAGUAUGUCCCGUAAGCAGAUGCUAGCUCGGCUUGAUGUUGCUAUGGGUGGGCUGUCGCUGAAGAGCUCAUUUUUGGAGAAGGUGAAGUAACUUCUGGUCCAUCUAGCGAUCUCCAGCAAGCAACCAAUCUCGCCAGGGCCAUGGUUACUAAGUGGGGUAUGAGCAAAGAAGUUGGGCUCGUCACCCACAACUAUGAUGAUAAUGGGAAGAGUAUGAGCACUGAAACGAGGCUUCUCAUUGAGAAGGAAGUAAGAGAACUGCUUGAAAAGGCUUACAACAAUGCGAAAACGAUUUUGACCACCCACAACAAAGAGCUUCAUGCUCUUGCCAAUGCAUUACUUGAGCAGGAAACGCUGACCGGAAACCAGAUAAAGGCCCUGCUUACACAGGUCAAUUCUCAACAAAUACAGCAGCAGCAACCUCAAUUAGUUACUGAGGAGAGCACAUCACCAUCCAAUCCAGCUCCUCCGUCAAGUCCAACAGCCGCAGCCGCAGCAGCAGCCGCUGCUGCUGCCGCUGCUGGUGCUGCAGCUGCGGCCACUGCCGCAGCCAAAACCAAAGGCAUUGCUCCUGUAGGACCUUAGUAUGGUAACUUAUUGGUAGUUUUUAUCAAUCCAAUGUGCAUAUAGGGGAUCAUUUUCACGCGAGCUUUCCACCCUUUUCAUUGUUGAGUUACUAUCAAGGAGGUGAUUAAUGUAUGGAGGUGAGUUUAGAGGUCAAUGGAAAUAGUAACAGAUAAAUUGGCAAAUUCAUGUUGUCUAAGUGUGUGUCAUAUUUAGUUGUCCUAAGGCCUCUUUCUUUUGGUGUUAUAAAGCCACUUAGCUGACCUUACAGAUCUUAAUUUUAAUUAUCUGCAGACUCAUUUACUUGCCAAUUUGAGUUGGAUAUUUUUCAUGAGUAUAUUGUAAAA